AUUAGCGGUUGUUUCUUUGAAUCACUGCAUUGGUAUUGGUCGUCAAUGUUUCGCUGCAUCUUUUAACUGUAGUGAUAUAAUUAUGGAAAGUAGUACUUGUAUAAACCAGCAGGCCAGAAUGUUUUUGGAAGAAUUGGACAAUGAGAAGCUUACGUCUGCAGUGUUUGACGAUUCUCUCAUGUGUUAUGCUCAUAAUAAUAAACCAAUUGGUUCAUAUGAGUGCUGUGUUAAGAAAGAAGAAGAAGGCGCUCUAAACCUCAUUACUGUGAAAGCAUCGAGUACUACACUUUUAGGUGAAAUACAUAGCACUUCAACUCUUAAAGCCCGUUUAUUGCCUUCUCUUGAAACUGUUUCACAAACAAAGGUGGAAACUACCGUGAUGAGUGGAAAAGUGAUAGAGAAGUCCUUCUCUGUCAAACUUGUUGAAGACGUGUAUGAUGUACGUGUUACAGAAUCAGUGGACGGAGAAAUUAAGUCAUCAUUUAAGAAUGAAAUACCAAAUUCCAGUUUGUCGGGUCUUAUAACCGAAGGAGCUGAUUUGAUCUUUCAGAGAAUAUUGGUUAAAUCGCCCUCUUCUGUCCCACUGGAGGUCAUUGGUUUCGAUCCAGAUUAUAACUUAGCGACAGUGUCUUACAUUAAUCUUGGCGAGCGCAGUAUAUUCGUCGGAGAUAAUGAACUAUUUGUCAAGGGAAUCCAACGAAUUGUUCACUCAAAAAGCUGUCUUCCGUCCUCCUGGCAAAACUACUUUAUGGAUGAUGGACAUUUGAUAUUAAGAGUACAAGUUGGAUCUCCAAUCAUCGUAAAGGCGAAUACAAUACCUGAACUCUUUAAAAAAGAAGAAUAUUUGCCUAAACCAAUCAUUCCACAAAUCAGUUUAAAUUGGGAAGAUGAUUUAGAAUUAUACUCACGUUUUCUUGAUCGAAAAGGUGAAAUUAAAGCUCAAUAUUUGUUAUAUUUACGUGAUCAUCCAGAGAUACGUGAUAUGAUUUCUGAUUUCAUUAAAUCUUUACUACUUCAUAAACCAGAUGAAGUAGUUAAAUAUGCAGUAGAAUAUUUUAAGAGUUUUUCAACUCGAGCAUUGCCAAGUGAAACAUUUCCUGUGAAAAUAUUGUAAUGGCCUUUUUGCUUGGUUUUUCGUCUUUUUGUUUUGUAUUUUGUUGUUACUGUGUUCGUCGAGUUGAUUUUGCCCUCUGUCUGUCUGUUUGUCUAUCUAUCUGCAGGCCUAUCUGUGUGUCUAUCUAUCCACCUGUAAUGUGAUAUUUAAUUUAUUAAUAUCUAUUGAUCUUAGUCUUAAUCAUAUUCCAGUUGACUGAUGAACACACUGUAAAAUUGAAUAAUUCUUGAUUGUUUUUAAGCAUACUUUUUUUUAAUAAAAAGAAAACUAGGAUCUUAACAAUAUUAGUAUCUAUUACAGAAAUAAUAACCUGUUGACUUUUGAUGACUUCUUUAAUAUCCCUGAGAUUUAGACUUCUUAAAUAGUUUUAAUUUCUGGCAUUAUACUCCAAGUACUCAUUGAGUGCCUUUAAUGCACUGGGAUCCACACGUGAUUUCAAAUCUUUAAAUAUUCCCAUUUAUAAUAUUAGAACAAGACAUAUAAGCAAACAAUAUUGCUGCUUUCAAUUAGAUCUUCAGGCUUUACUCUAAUUUAAAUAGACGUAUAUAUAUAAAACUUUAACCAAUGAAGGUGAUUUUGUGGAUCAAAUAAUAAUAAUGUAGUAAAUUUUCUAUACUUUGGUUUGUAAGGGUUAGUUAUGUUUUUACGAGUUGAUCACGGAUUGAUAUCAAUUA